AUGUACUGUGAUAGGUACAUCACUAAUAUUUAUCCGUUAUGUGCUGCAGUCUACUCGGAAAAACCACUGGAUUACGCCAAAACCAUUGACGAAAAAGCGGAGAAGGUUCAACAAGUGACUGUGAUAUGUGACGAGGCGGGGAACACCUGUUCUGGCUAUACUGGUAUACUUCCCACAAAAGCGGCGAUUAUAAUAGGCUUUAGAUGGAGAGUUGCUGAUACGGGGCAGGUAGCAACGUACUUCUACAACGCUUUCUAUAAAAUUUGGAAUAGCGGAAUGGGUGGCAAUGUGUCAGAUCUCGUAAAAAAACACUUAAAAUACGAUAUUUGGAUCACUGGACACUCACUAGGAGGUGCGCUGGCAACGUUAGCAGCUUCCUACGUUGUUGAAACAAAGUUAGCGGUCGGUGAUAGAAUUAAGCUGAUGACAUUUGGUCAACCAAAGCCCGGUGAUGAUAAUUUCGCAAACCUCCUCAACAAGAAGCUGAUGACAUUUGGUCAACCAAAGCCCGGUGAUGAUAAUUUCGCAAACCUCCUCAACAGGAAAAUCAAAUAUACUUUCCGAGUUGUAAACCAUGGCGAUCCAGUCGUUCGCAUUCCUCUGAUUUGGUAUAAACAUCAAAAUACAAAGGUCUACUAUUACGAAAGUAUCAUGCAGGCUAACAAAUAUUACGUUUGUGACGGUAGGAGAACUGGCCUGAACUGACU